AUGAGUUCCAUAAGCAGUCUCAAAGCAACCCUCUCGGACAGCCUUGUCUCUAAUGCGGCGCUGAGAGAGGCGUUUGACAUGGCCAGUUGGGCCACCGAUCGCACAACCCGCUUCAAGGAUGUCGUAAUGGAUGGUGAGCAAAAGCACAGACUUCGCCGCAUCCUCAACCACUUCCUGAUACCAAGCAUCAAGCCACAAUUCGUGGACGAUGAGGAUGAGGAAGCAGAAGAGAUGGAUCGGGCUCCCGAUAGUUGGUUGGCCAAGGCCGAAGGGGGACUGAAAAUGCCCUACCGCAUGAUUGAUGUGGAAACGAAGAAUAUGGUCCCCACGUACAAUCUCGGUCUACAGGACCAGUAUUGCAUUGUGUCUCAUAGUUGGAAAGGGUCCGAGAUUGGCUACGGUUAUUUUGACGCGGCCAAGAAAUUCGAGCCCCAGGAAGGCUCCCAGUCGGAUGGGAGCAACAAACCCUCAAACGACCUCGAUAGGGUCAUCAGCAAGUGCGAGACCGACAUCAAGGAGCUGGAAGCAAAGAUCAAAUCGGUGCUUCCGACUGUCACCCCCAGAGCCGACGGAGAACGGCCCCAAGACAUUACAACGCUACUCAAAUGGUACACUGAGGCCAAUACAGCCAGUUAUGACUUUGGCAGAGCUCAGAAAUCCCAUCAUGAGGCUGCAGCGGGCGUAUCGAGCGCCGAGAGAGAAACCGAGUAUUAUAACACGUUAUGGGGAACUCUCAAUGCCCUCACAACCUCGGAGCCAUCCACCGACGAACCAAAUUCGGCCCAAAGAGAUGAUCCGGGAGUAGAAGAAGUCCGUUCGGCAAUCGAGAGUCUGAAUGUUGAAGCAAAAAGUCGACGCACACAGGCUGAAGCAAAGCUCGCCACAGCUUCAGAAAAUCAAUUGAAUUACAAAUCCACCAUUGAAUUCUUUGAAAAGAACCGUGAGCUAUGCUAUGGAAUCGAGCAUCUACUGGUCUCGCUGCAGCACAUUCGGUCCUCACGCAAAAUCGAGAACUCUAUCAAGGUAGCCAAGGAGCUGUUUGAUUCACACUUUCUCCGAGGAGGAAAGCGAUAUGUGUGGCUCGACACUUGCUGUAUCAACAAGGCAGAUGGCGGUGAAUUGACCGAAUCUCUGGCUUUGAUGGGUGAUUGGUAUGAAAAUGCUGAUUUCUGUCUGGUUCAUGUGGAUACUCCCCGAGAUGAACGUACAUGGAUUGAAGAAUGGGAGCACUGGAAAGACCCUCUCCAUAAUCCUGUCCCUGUGAACAUGAGGGGCUUUGAGCAAAUUGGCUCCAAUGGCAACAGUCCGGAAGAGAAAAGCCAGUUCCAGAUCGAAUGGGCAACGCGUGGUUGGACGUUGCAAGAGCUGGUGCUGAGCAAAGUUACUUACUAUGUUAACUCGCACUGGGAGAAGCUGGUCCGGCCAAUUGAGGUGAUCGGUCCAUUUUACUUCCUUCAGCCCUUCCUCUCUCAGUUCUUCCGUCAUCCGUUUGUUGACAAGCACAAGAAGAUCAGCGAUGAGCAGAUGGAGGAACUCAAAAAGUUACUUUCUCGGCCAUCUCCAAACGACGAGAAGCCCAAGCCUUUUCUCGAGGAGGGAAUGUCACCCGCGAAAGAGAUCUCAGUCAUGCUUCAAGUCCUGGGAUUCUAUGCGCCAAAUGGCAUCAGGCCGAAAACAGCCGACGCACAAAUUGGCAAAGCAGUGCUCGACGCUGCUGACCGGCUGCCCGAUAUCCUGAGUAAAUUGGUGCCAGACAUCUCAAGCGCUCACUGCCUGUCGAACCUCACCAACAACCAAACCAACCAAAAUGACAGAAUAGCUGUUUUCAUUCAUUUGCUACGCGAGUUGGCGAAUAAGACCGACAAAACUAUCCUCGAGGACAGGAAGGCCAUUGCAGCUUUCAGCAAAAUUAGAAAUCUUACCAACUGGAUCAAUGGCCACGAUUUCAUGGAUUCCUCUGCCAGCAGCUCUCUAAUCACCGCAGCAGAGCGAGUCACCACAGUCGCCACCGACCAAGCCUACUCUUUGAUGGGUAUUCUUGGUGUGCGGUUCCCAGCAUUCCCUGCGGAAGGACUUCCCAAAGCUCUGGCCCGACUUCUGGACGAAGUUGUGAUUUCAUACAACGAUGUUUCGGUAUUCAACUGGUUCGGUAAACACCACGGCAGUCCCCUCCAGGGGCGCUCAAUGUACCCCGCCAGCAUUGCAGCAUUCGUGGAUCCUGGGACUAACAUGAACAUCACGUCUCGUGCCUACGCCAACCAGCGGAUUCUAAAAUCGUUCCGAGCCCAGCGAGUGCGGCAAAGUGAAACCGCUAGCAACGUCAACAUGCUACUGGCUGAGAUGUUGGGUCUCACGAAAAAAUUGCCGAAGGAAUGUUCGGUGUUUAUGAGCCUGGGCUUUCUGGCUGCAAAGAUCAAGGCGACCAGUUUUGAUAACCUGGAAGCUUGUCUGGGAGAUUUGGUCAAAGUGGUUGAGCAGCUUCGCGACUUCACGCCUCAGGAUGAGAGUCCAGAUGCAGCAAGCCCUACCGGCUUUGCCAGAGUGAACUCGCUUGCUGAGUCCGUCCGCUCGGCUAAGUUUGAAGUGCCCAAAUUUGAGGUCCCCAAGUUCGAAGUCCCCAAGAUGUCGUUUGGAAGGAAAAAGUCUGCUCCUUUGGCGACUGAAGAGAAGAAACCGAUAGAUCCCCCCACUCCGACAUCGACAGUCCCGGUCUCGGUUCCUCUUGUCGAUCAAUAUGAAUCCUUGAACAUUUGUAUCACACAUGCCAUCAAGGUUCUCAAUGGCGACGAGGCUCCGACCAAGGACUCUAGUGUCACUUUGCCAUUGGGCGAGAAGCCUAGUUCGGCUGAUGCUACAAGCGAACAGAACAUCGACACUCAGGACGUGAAUGAAAAUGAGAAACGAAUGGUCUGUCCCAACCCCAUCACAGUGAGCAGUGGUGGUAUUCGCGGCAUCUUCGAUAUCCAGCGAGUAGUUGUCACGAUGCUCGAGCCCAAGAAGCUACGCUCUCGAGUCCGAAACGCAGUCAGCGGCCAAAAGAUCGACGGAUGGUGCACUGUCAGCACCGGUCUCUCCAUGGCUCUAGUCUCAUUCUCCUGUGAGCGCGAUGCUCUACAAACACAGCUUGACCUAUCAGAAGUCAUCAACAAGCACAUCGACCCAGAUGAGACGCCAUCUGACGGUGAUAACCCGACACCUAAGCCAAACGGCGAACAAAGCCAGGGUUUGCGCAGCCAACUCCGACUUGAGAAGACACGGGAGAAGAUCCGAGUUGCCCGCAUGAUCUCAUUUGUGCAAAAGCCCAAUCUUGAGACAAUUGCCGGCGAAUGGGUCCUAGCCCGGUUCUCCGGUGCCCCUGGAGCUAGAUGGUUCCUCUGUGUCCUGGAAUUAGGAGCCGGUAAUGAUUUCUACGGACGUCGAAUCCCCACCGAUGCCUUCAGCUUUGAAGAUGCCGCUCCGGAACAGGGACUGACAGAGUACUGGCACCAAUUUACCACUGAGAAGAAAGCGCGGACCUGCGAUACGCUUGACAUGUAUCUUAAUCGGCAGAAGCUUUGGAAGAAUGCUGGCAAGAACUUGGACGAGAUGCAGAACAUGCAGCAUAUCCAGCAAAUGAAGGAAUCCCAGACUCAGGAAGAGAAAGAUCAUCUUGAUUUCGAUACGGCGAUAGAUAUCAUCCAGAACCUUUCGUUGGAUACGCUAGAAAAGAGUAUCAAUCUGGGCAAGAUGACGGGCUAUGGUAUUGGGGGUCUAGGUGCAGAGCUUUGGGCUAUGCAUUUGGAAUCUCGGAUUGAGAAGUGUGCUUUGAAACGCGUGCCUAUUGCUUUGCGGACGCCUGUGAAGGAUCUUGAUCACAACAGGAAACUACUACCGGCCAUGUUCCACGCUGGGCGCGAGAUGCACAUGUUCUAA